AUGAUGACCCAGCUAGGAGCUGAGAUCAGCCAGAAAGACCGCUCUGACACCGUGACGUCCCCUUUGUCUCCACUAGUCAUGGCUUCCUCUUCCUCCCCCUCCUCCUCUUUCUCCUCCUCCUCCUCCUCCUCCUCCUCCUCACUCAUUCCGCGUCUGUCCUCCAUCAGCAGCGGCCUGGAUGCUCCGCUGAGCUCAAACAUGGCUGUGAAUCUCGCCAAGAACAGACUGCUCCUGCUCACCGCCUACCAAGACGUCAUCGACGAAUGCUCCGACACCGACUGGGCCUUGUACACGUACGAAGACGACAGCAAUGAUUUAACGCUGGCAUCGACGGGAGGGGGCGGCCUGGCAGAAAUCACGCUGACCUUUGACAACGCCCGGGUCAUGUACGGCUUCUGCGGCUUGAAGGAGCCCAACGCCGCCUUGCCGCGAUACAUCCUCAUUAACUGGGUGGGCGACGAUGUGCCCGACGCCAGGAAGUGUGCCUGCGCCAGCCACGUGGCCACCAUUGCGGACUUCUUCCAGGGCGUGGCAGUCAUCAUCAACGCCAGCAGUGUCGACGACAUCGACCCGUCCGCCAUCGGGCAGCGGCUCACCAACGGCACCGCGGUGGCGGCCAGUCCCGUCCUGACUCGUCUCAAAACCCGAGAAGAGGAACGUGGAGACGUGAAGGGCACAGUGUACCAAAAGACCAACGCAGAGGUGGAGAUGAAGAAAAUCAAUCGAGAAGAAUUCUGGGAGCAGGCCAAGCGCGAGGAGGAGCUGAGGAAGGAAGAGGAAAGGAAGAAGCUGGCCGAGGAACGCCAGCGCUUUGAGGAGGAGCGAAUGGAGCUGGAGAGGAAGGAGCAGGAGAACCGAGAGCGGAGGUACCGGGAGCGAGAGAGGCAGAUUGAAGAGCACAGGAAGAAAAUACAAGAGGAAGAAGAGGCCAAAGACAGGUUGCAGAGUCACACAACCUUACCGGCAGAGCUAAGCAUCGAUGACCUCAGCCUGGACAAGAAGGAGUCUGAAGUGGAGGUUCAGGAGGCCAAGGCCAUCAUUGCUCAGCGGUCCGGGAACCCCCGAGAGUUCUUCAAGCAAAAGGAACGAGCCAUGACCAUCAGCGUGGACACCUCGCCCGUCGCCGUCCACAGGGCCGGCCGCUUGGACAGCCCCUUUUUGAGGCAGCAACACAGUCCCGGCAGCCCCACUUGGACUCCCCCGCCCAGGGGGGUGUCGCCUCUGCGCACUGCCGCGCCGCACGCACAGACGCACCGCGCCGCCGGGGACAACGGCGAGCAAGCAAGCGUGGAGCGGAACGUGGCGGCGGUGUCGCCCAUCCCCCAGAUUGUCACCACGCCCAUCAAGGAGGAAGCCAACAUGGAGACAGAAUGCGCAUUUGACUGGGAACCAAAGCAGGAGCAGAAAGCUCCUGUCCAGGAGUGGAGCCCUUCCAAGCCCGUUCAGAGCGUAGCCCCCCAGGCCCGCGAGCCCGCCUUCUCCACGUGGGAUUCCGCCACCGAAGAUCUGGUGGACCUGAUGGGCGACGCGCCUACAGCCGGCGUUCGCUCUCAGCCGCUUCUCAGCUUUGACGAGCUGACGGACGGCGACUCGCGCGCGGCGACCGAGGGGGAUCGACCCGCCGGCCCGCUGGACGAGGACGCCUCGGAGCAGAUGACGCUCAGCUACCAGCACGCGUUGCAGCACGCCGCCGCCGACGGACACGCGCUGAUGACCAACGGGGAAACGCUGAUUAAAGAAGCCGCUCAGGCGAGCGAGGGCUACUUCAGCCAAUCGCAGGAGGAGGAAUUCGGCCAAUUGGAGGAGGGCUCGGCAAAAGCCACACCUGUGCUUUAUAACAAGCCGCCAGAAAUUGACAUCACGUGCUGGGACGCCGACCCCGUGGCGGACGACGACGACGACUAG